GCAGAAGCCCAUACCAGAUGGCAAGGCAACGGUCAACCCAUUGCUCUGUGGUUAGAUUGUGAUACUGGCCACGAUGAUGCAUUUGCUAUUCUGCUUUCUGCACAUUGUCCGGCGCUGAGACUUUUGGGAAUUAGCACUAUUUAUGGCAAUGCUCCUUUGGUCAAGACGACGCAGAAUACAAGAUCUAUCUUGAGGGCUAUUAGCAGGGAAGACGUUCCUGUGUAUGCGGGUGCCAGUAAGCCUUUUUGUAGGCCUGCGGCUUCGGCUCCUGAUAUCCAUGGAGAAUCUGGAUUGGAUGGUACGACCGUUUUGCCUGAGCCUGGGACACCGGAACGUACGGAUAUGUCUGCUGUGUUGGCUAUGUACAAGGCAUUGAUGGCAGAGCCACCGAAAACAGCAUGGCUGNGUUGUCUCACCAAUGCUGCAUUGCUGUUCAACACUUUCCCUGAUGUGGUUGACCAUAUUGCUGGAUUGACAAUCAUGGGAGGUGCUGUUGGAGGCGGUUUCACAAACGCUCCGAUGGGUUCGCUCGAAGGCGAGGGAGAGCGGUUUGGCAAUUGGACACCUUGGGCUGAGUUUAACAUCUACAUUGACCCGGAGUCUGCGCAAUCCAUCUUCAGCAACCCUGUUCUUGCGGCAAAGACCACAAUUGCUCCAUUGGACUUGACGCAUCAGAUGGAACUGCUAUACGGGUUUGACAAGGAAGUAGAUGGCUCAGAAGCCUCUGUGCUUCGCGUCCUGUUCAACCAGAUCCUCACCUUCUUUGCAAGCACAUACGCAGACGUGUUUGGCUUGACAGAAGGACCUCCGUUGCACGACCCUCUGGCCGUUGCGAUGACUUUCCUCCCCGAUCUAUUCGACGACAAGGGCGGAGAGAGAUUUGAUAUCAAGGUUGUCAUUGAUGGUGAACACGGUAUUGAUGAGAUUGCGAGAACGACAUCGCAAUGUGGUCGCACUAUUUUGACACCGGUGAAGGCUGGCGAGCCUGGUGUGCGUGUGCCUAGAGGUUUGAAUGCAGGUCUCAUUUGGAGGAUUUUAGACUUGUGCUUGGNNAAGCAAGCGGAGGGCGAGAAACCGAAGACCAUGGCUAUGUCAGCACUUUGGAGCGUUUCUGAAGACCUG